UAUGAUGAAGGAAUGAGGGAACAUGAUGGAUUUUACACAACACUGUCCCUUUAAAUCCAGUGUUUUUCCUUUGUUAUGCAUGUGUCUCCAAAUAUCUACGCUGUUCCUGAGCACCAUGUGUAUGAGGAAGCUGGAGGAGUCCAGAUCAGGGAAAAUGAUCAUUUCUCUAGAAUCAGAUUCUAGAGCAAUGAUCUCGUCUAGUUACAGAUAAUUCAUUCUGUUUACUUCAGACUGAUCAGUGACCCCUGACCCCUAGCUUAACCCAGCAUCUCUGAACACAGCAACAGAAGCCUUCAUUCAGCCCUGCUGGAGGUUAGCAGUGUAACCAUGUGCUGCCUGCUGCCCCCCAUCUCUUCAUUGUUGCUUCUGUAAAUAUUAGUUAAUAAAACUCAGCCAUGCCUCCCCCCACCCCCUGCUUUAACUCCUGCCGUUGCUGCCUGAUCUCAGUUAUUCUUUGGAAUGCUGGGAACGCCAAAUGAACUUCCCAGUCGCUCGGACAUUACUGGAUAUUUCGCUGUAAUUAAGAAGAAGAGGUUCAGGAAGGAUGAAUAGCUCCUGCGUCGGCUGUCUGAAAGGUCUGGUGGUGUCUCUCCACUUCCUCUGCUGGCUGUGUGGAGCCUUCGUGGUGGCCUUCGGGGAAUUCCAGAUGAUGCACUCCAGGUUCGCCUCUCUGGUCACCACCUUCUGGCCCAUCUACCCUGCCAACACGCUUGUAGUGACCGGUACCAUCGUCACCUGCGUUUGUUACCUGGGAGUACUGGGAGGCUUGAAGGAGAACCGCUGCAUGCUCACCACUUUUUAUGUUCUGCUGUUCAUCCUGAUGCUGGUGGAGCUGGCCAUGGCCUGUGUGUUCUUCGUCUACAACAGAGAGAUCGACACAUACUUUGAGAAGGACCUGACCCACAGCUUGGAGGUCUACAUGGAGUCUGGCCCAGAGGGGAACAAAACCAUUAAGGAGGAUUUUGAUUCCGUCCAAUACCUGGUAAAUGAUAAAACACUCAUUUUAAUGUCUCUGUUUAUGAAAAUACAUAUUUGGAAGAUCCAACUGCCACAGUGUUUCUUGACGCUGCAUCAGUUGUCACAAAUUUUGAUUAAGUGACAC